AAAAAAAAAAGUCAGCAAACGGGCAAACAAGGAAUUUUAUGACCAGUUACGAAUUACGAGGUAGUUAGUUUGAUUUGAGAGAGAACAGUAAAGUAUGAAGCUUUAGGAACAGAGUAAGGGUUUCCAAUUGAUUUGGGGAUUUAGGGUUUCAUCUACAGUACCAUGAAUUUCAAAAUGGAUUCUGAUAAAGCCAAGCUCUUCGUAGGUGGCAUUUCUCGCGAAACCACUGAAGACACUCUCAAACACCAUUUCACCAAAUACGGUGACGUUUUGCACUCCACCAUCUCUUUUGACCGCACCACCCGAAUCCCUAGAGGUUUCGGUUUCGUUACUUUCUCUGAUAUCUCUUCUGCUCACAAUGCCCUUCAAGAUACCCAUGCCAUUCUUGGACGAAAGGUAGAAGUUAGGAAAGCAAUACCGAGAAGUGAACAGCUACAACAAAAUCAAUUACAGAAUAGAGGGGGGAAUAGCUAUAGUGGUUAUGAAUGUGGGAAUGAACAUAUUAGGACUAAGAAGAUUUUUGUCGGUGGUUUACCUGCUAAUAUGUCUGUGGAGGAGUUUAAGAGGUACUUUGAGAGGUUUGGUCGAAUAACUGAUGUGGUGGUGAUGCAAGAUAGUUUAACUCAUAGGCCGAGGGGGUUUGGGUUUAUUACUUUUGAUUCUGAAGACUCGGUGCAAAGUGUUAUGAUGAGGAGUUUUCAUGACUUGAAUGGUAGGCAGGUGGAGGUUAAGAGGGCAGUUCCGAGGGAGGGGAAUGCUGGUUCUGAGGGUUUUAGUAAAAUAAGAUAUAAGAGUGACAGAGGAGCAGCAGCUGAAAGUUUUCACCAUUCUAGUCCAGGGAACGUGUUUCCUGCAAUUGCUCCUUUACCUUUGUCUACUAGUGAUGGAGUAUAUGGGUACGGAUCAAAUCCCUAUGGUUGCUGGUAUCCUAUGGGUGGGUAUGCGUAUGGGGGGAAUGGAUAUGCAGCUCCAUCAGAUGUUUAUAGGAACUUAUGGUAUGGUGGGCAAAUGGUAACUGGUCCCCAGGCUUAUCAACAGGUGCCUUAUGCUAAUGUUAUGCCAACUGUUGCAUAUGUAGGUGGUAGUGUUGGAAUAGUAGGUAGUGGUGCCGGAAAUUGGGGGUACAAUUCCAUUCUUGCGUCUGCAACAAAUUAUAAAUUUGACCAGCCUCUUAUUACCAAUGGAUUUGUUCCAUUCAAUAUGCCAUCGCCUCAUGGUGUAAAGCAGAUUGUUGGUGCUUCAAGUUUUAAAGGAAGCAAUGGUGAAAUCUCCAGUUGACAUACGGUAAAAGUUGUUGAGCCUUAAUUUAUGUAGGUAUGUAGGUAUAUACAUGCUGACUGCUGCAUCUGGUCUAUGAAAGGUCAGUAUAUUCUUUCCUACACGGUGUAAUAGCUAGUCAUUGGGCCUUUCUAUGUGUCAUAAAUAUGUAGUUUAGCUAAUUGUCUUGUUUGUUAUGGAGAUUAUCAGUAGAGGAUUCAGGCAUCUGUAAAAAUAUUUUCAUGCAAAUCAUUUUAUUCAUGCUUCUUUCUACAUUUUAUUCA